AUGGCUCUAUCCAAAUCGACGAGGAUACAAAUCCUCUUGGCCAUAGACACACUAUUCUUUUUAUUGGAAUUAACUGUUGGAUACUCGGUUCAUUCUCUUGCGCUUGUCGCCGAUGCAUUUCAUAUGUUAAAUGAUGUGCUCUCAUUAUGUGUUGGACUGUGGGCUGUCAAGGUAGCCACGUCGAAGACUAAGUCAACUACAUACACCUAUGGCUGGCAACGCGCAGAAACAUUAGGGGCCUUGGUCAACGGAGUGUUCCUGGUCGCACUAUGUCUAUCGAUCUUCCUCGAAGCGAUUCAACGAUUUGUCGAACCCCAAGAAGUUUCUCAACCACAGCUCGUUCUCGUUGUCGGGUGCUGUGGUCUCGCCUCCAAUAUCCUCGGUCUCUUCCUGUUCCACGAACAUAGCCAUGGGCCAGGCGGCCAUGGGCACGAUCACGAACAUGGAGACGGCCUGGGUGCGGCAGAGGAAGGACACGCUCAUCCCGAGGGGAUUGACGAGGAUCCAGAAACUCAAGCCAUUGCUGACCCGACCGGAAAUAUCGAGGAUGUCCUUCCAGAGAGCCAAGUUCAGAAGCAAUCCCGAAGGAGGUUCUCCGGACAGCGGGAAGGCGAUGGUUCCAGAACACCUUCGGGCAGGAUUACGUCUCCUCUCCAGCAUCGCAAAAAGCACAGCCGAUCUCGAUCAAGGGGCUAUUCCAGUCUCGGAGAGAUCCAUGUCCACCCAGCCUCGUUCCGGAACGAGAUCAUCGCCGCAAGCAAGUUAGACAACAUCGACUCGGGGUCAGGCACCGACACAGAGGAAGAGCAAGCUGUUGUGGACGAACCAACCGAAGCAGACCCCUUACUCAAAAGACAGUCCAACCCUUCCAGCCACAGCAAGCACCGGCCCCGAGCGGUGUCGGACGGCGCUCUUCAUGCACACCACCGCCACGCUCAACCCCGAGGCGAUGGCAAGUCCCACUCCCACUCCCACAGCGACCUCAAUAUGAAAGGCGUCUUCCUCCACGUCGUAGGCGACGCACUCGGCAACAUCGGUGUCAUCGCCUCCGCGCUCAUCAUCUGGCUCACCAAAUCGCCCUACCGCUUCUACUCCGACCCUCUCAUCUCCCUCAUCAUCACCAUCAUCAUCCUCUGCUCCGCCGUCCCCCUUUGCAAAGCCGCGUCGCGCAUCCUUCUACAAGCCGUCCCCAUCGGCCUAUCUGUCGACGACAUCAAAGCAGACAUCACCACACUCCCAGGCGUGCGCUCCUGCCACCACCUCCACGUCUGGCAGCUGAGCGACACCAAGCUGGUCGCGAGCCUGCACGUCCAAGUCGCGUUCCCAACCGGCAUCUGCGACUCCAAAGGCGAGGGCUCCGCGCAGUACAUGGCGCUCGCGCGGAGCAUCCGCCGGUGCCUGCACGCGUACGGUAUCCACUCGUCGACGAUCCAGCCAGAGUUCUGCCUGGAGUCCGACCUCGGCCAGGAGAACGGCGUGGCGCAUCACGAUGGCCAUCUGGACGAGGAGGAUAGCUGCGGAGAGGACGACGAUAUUGGAUCGGGGCGGUCGUCGAAGGGGAAGGGAAGCCGCGUGGCGAGCAAGGCGCCUAGUCGGUCAAGCUUGAGGGCAUCGCCGGAUGCGUGUCUACUGGAGUGUGGGGAUGAGUGUGGGAAUGGGAAGCAAUGCUGUGUGCCGGAUCGGGAGUUGGAUCGGUGA